AUGAGAACUCCAUCCUUGCUCCUCACCGUCCUGUGCGUUGCCACAAUCUCCCUCCAAUGCCUUGAUGCCACUGACGACGACUACCUGUCUGGACCAAAGAAGGUCACGAACAUCCUCUUCUACCUCCACAACACCCACAGCGGGAAGGACCCGUCCUCCGUCCUCGUCGCCCAAAACGCCAACGCCACGGCUCAUGCCCAAGGCUUCUUGCCCUUCAGCUACGUCUACGUGUACAAUGAUCUCCUCACUGAGGGACCCUCGUCGAAGUCCAAGGUGGUCGGGAAUGCGCAGGGCAUGUAUGCCUCGACGGCGAAAGACGGGAACACGAUUCUGGAAACGAUUGACCAUGAGAUCACAGACGGUCCCUUCAAGGGCAGCUCGUUCGUGUUGUUCUCGAGGAACCCGUUCAUGCUCCCGCGCAGGGAGCUCCCCGUUAUCGGAGGCCGCGGCGCGUUCCGAAUGGCGCAAGGGUUCGCCUACCUACGGACGGUGUGUGUCAACUGUGUGAAUUCUGGGAACCCGUCCAAGGGGGAUAUCAUAGAGUAUAAUGUCACUCUGUUUCACUAUUGA